UGCGGAAUACAUCGGUGGUGGCGAGACAUAUCCGGAUAAAUCACAAUUCCCGGAUAUGCUCAAGUGGAGGCAACCAAUGGUUGAAGCUGUUAUCGGACAAGAUGAAGGUGACGCUCAAGGCCAAGCAUGGCGGAGGUAAGACCUCCGCAGUCUUGGAGCUGCCGAAGAAGUCGGUCCCCGUCGAUAUUGAACAGUCAAAUGGAGAGUCCAACGAAGAAAAUGAGCAAGAGGUCGAGGAUGACGGCGAUGACGAUGACGAUGACGACGAUGACGAUGACGACGAUGGAGAAGUUAACAGUAGUGAUGACGAUGAAGAGGAUGGUGGAGAUGGCGAUAACAACGAUGGCGACGACGACGAUGAGCUUCCAGGUGAUGACAACUUUGGCGAAGAUGAUGACGCUGAGGAAGGCGCUGUCGGGUUUGCGGAUGCCAUGAGCAAGGUCUUGAACCAGAACGUUGAGCAAGAGAAGGCGCCGAUUUUGGCGAAGCGCGUGACCUCGCAAAUGCGCGAGAUUUCCAAGGAUAAGUCGACGACAAAGGAGUCCAAGAUGAGCGCAAAGGAAAAGCGCGCGCGGGAGGAGAAGGACAUGGUGAUCCCGAGCCAUUUGACCAUGGUCCAGGACAAGGCACUCCGUGGGAUUGCGACCAAGGGGGUUGUCGCGCUCUUCAAUGCCAUCGCCAAGCACCAGCACGGCCAGCAGCAACAAGACGGGUCCAAGCAGAUCAAAUCUCUGAGCAAAGACUCUUUCCUUGGGCUGCUGAAGCAACAAGGCAAGAAGAUGGAAACUCCAGCGCCGCAAGACGACUGCAGCGAUGAUACCGCGGACAAGUCGAGCUGGUCCGUGGUCCAGGAUGACUACAUGAUGGGCGCCAAGAUGAAGGACUUCGACAAGGACGAUGAGGUUGCGAAUGAGGACCAAGACGUGUGGAACGCAGCCCAUGAUCACCUGGACUCGGACAAUGAAGAUGGCGGCAAACACCAAAAGAACAAGGCAAAAGGCCACCCAAAGAAGGGCGGCGGCCACAAGCCAACCAAGAAGCAACGCACCAGAUAGAACCCAAUACACUAGGAAACACUGUUAUCUAAUUGACGUCGCAUGUGGAGGAAGGCAUAUUGGACUUGUAUUGUUGGAAUCGGCGCUGGGCCUCCUCCUCGACUCGCUUGGAGACCUUCUGCUCUUCCAAGUACCGAUGCUGAACGAGGAAGCCCCCGUAAGCUCCGCCAAGGCCAAAGAUCACCGCCAUCGCGGCCUUGCCCACGUUGUUGUUCCCUCGCAUUCUUG